AUGGCUCCCAUCGCAGUUGAGCCCGUCCUGCCCGUUGCGGCACCGGUCAAGACCGCCAGCACCAUCGUCGCCAAGGGCACCGCCAUGGAUGCCAUCUCGGACAUGGUCGACGAGGUCAACGUCUACCGCGGCCAGCAUCCCGAGGCACCGCAGCCGCAGUCGUCCGAGGACGAGGCAUGGCGCACCGAAGGCUCCCAGUUCGACUCGGACAAGGACAAGGCCGACUUCCGCCGAUACGAAGACGCGCUUGACCACGUCAAGGCCUUCUACAAGACGCAGCACGAGAAGCAGACGGUGGCGUUCAACAUUGCUGCGCGCGAACGCUUCCUCAAGAACCACCACGCCAGCAUGACCGUCUGGGAGGCCAUCGAGAAGCUCGACACGCUCGUUGACGAGUCGGACCCCGACACGUCGCUCUCGCAGAUCCAGCACCUGCUGCAGACCGCCGAGGCGAUGCGUCGCGAUGGCAAGCCCGACUGGAUGCAGCUCACGGGUCUCAUCCACGACCUCGGCAAGCUGCUCUGCUUCUUUGGCGCCGAUGGUCAGUGGGACGUUGUCGGCGACACCUUCGUCGUCGGUUGCGCACCCGAGGGCACCGUGUACCCGCACACGUUCGAGAACAACCCCGACUUCCACGACGAGCGCUACAACACAAAGUACGGCAUGUACGAGCCCAACUGCGGCCUGCAAAACGUCAUGCUCAGCUUUGGCCACGACGAGUACCUCUACGAGAUCGCCAAGCGCGAGUCUACGCUCCCACAGGCGGCACUCGACAUGAUCCGAUACCACAGCUUCUAUCCAUGGCACCGCGAGGGCGCCUACCGCCACCUCUGCACACCCGAGGACGAGGAGGCGCUUUCCAACGUCCUCGCCUUCAACCCGUACGACCUCUACUCCAAGUCCGACUCGCCACCCGACGCCGUCGCCCUGCGCCCGUACUACGAGAGCCUCAUCGAAAAGUACUUCGGCGGCAAGGACCGCAAGAUCCAGUGGUAG